CAGCCUUGGCAACGGCAAAUUGCUUCCUGCACCAAAUCACCGCGCAUCCUUCAGCCCCAAACAAGCGAUGCAGCAACGUUUGGAGCAGCAGCACAGCCGCUCUGUCAUUCAUCAUCUGAACUGGUCGGUGUUUCGCAUCGCGACGAACAGAUAGGCAUACCGUAUGUCGCGGGAGGCCGAAGCCGGACUACUGAACCCGGAGUAUACCACUUUACGGUCAGGGCUAUAUUUAGUAUACGGGAAGAGAGUGUAUUAUCAGGCAGCAGUACAAAUUGUAUGCCUGUACACAACAGCACUGCGUAUGGAGGUAGUCACCUUACUGCCAUCCCAGCCCUAUCCGGAGACCGUGCAACAUGUCUUGCGUUAUUCCGGCCCGCAACCGAGACUGAUUUGGCGCGAUGUUUCGUCACUAAUUAUUUCACUCUUCAGGCCACCCUCGGUCAUAUAUCGAGAAACACAGUUCCGCAUAUGCCACUCGUUCAGUCCUUCAAAUUUUCUCUGUCAUUCAUUGUCAGAGCAGAUGACCCAGAAUAUUAGCGCGCGUUAUAUUGCCAUCCCUCUCGUCUCAAAAGCCGCAUGGUUUGAUGUAACAGUUGAUGGUGCCGCCCUGCAAAAGAAGAAAGAGAGCUUACUUUCAGAUUACACGAGGCGUUAGUGCCUCGGAUACUCAGUAUGACCUGCCGUCAGUGGUUGUGACAAAGUCCCUUCAAUGCCUACGGUGUUGGCCUAGCUUACAGCAGUCUUAGACUUACGCGAACCACUACCGAUUUUCGACAGGAUCAUGUUGUAAUUAGUUCUUACGUUCCUUUACAAGAUGUACCCGACACAGUGGCUGACAGAAAAAAUGAGAUCGCACCAUAGGCGCGCACCUCAUCCCAUAUCAACUCACUCUUAUACGUUU